AUGUCGAGUUCACAAAGGGUUGAAAGCCGAUAUCAACACCCCGGCGGCAGCCUCUCAAUGAGCGACUGCAACAACCUCUCCCGUGCCAUCGGAACCCAGCACAUGUCAAGAGCCGCUCCGAGGCGUCGCAAACGGACACGAGGCGAAAUCGAUGCCUUCAGGCGGCAGAUGGGCCGCAGUGUCAGGGCCAGAAAAUUGCAGACCUCGACCGCCGUGAAGAGGAUCGAGCAAUUCCUCGGCCCCGGCAGCGGCUGCACGGCGACGGCGACAGCGAAGGUAUCCGAGCCGCGAAUCUCGCGCCGCACUUCUCGAGAGCGAGUGCGCAUCUGCUCGAACGCGGUCUACGCACCCACUGUGACCCUUCCGACCCAUGCAUCUCCACGCGACGCCUUUCAGCCUCUCCAUCUCCCGGGAUUUGACAUGGCUGCAGGUGAGCCAUCGCGACCCGGCGACUUCAACAGGACCACUACGUAUGGCAUGUACCAGCGCGGCGUCUACCUCCUCGAGAUCACGGCGCCGGCAUGCAUGCAUGCACGCAUCUCCGCUCCGCUCCGCUCCGCUCAGUACCAAGAUCGCUACUACCGCAAGGAGCGUCACCAGCGCAAAACAGUCUACCAGCUCCUGAGCGACACGACGUAUAUCCAGUCUCGCUUCUUGGUGCUGGCACGGUGGCGGCCGGGGACGCAGGACCCGAGACACGAUUACGUGUUCGACGAUAUCCUCCUGGCGGUCCUGGCGGUCCUGGCGGAAGCCCUAGAAGAAGAAGGCGUCGACGCUGGCUCGGAGGUGUGA